AUGUCGGCUACGUCGAUUAUCAGCUCGGGCUCAGAGACCCUGGAUGCGUGGACUCGUCGCUCGCCGCCCAAAAUCCGAAUUGACCUGUCGGGCCAAAAGCCUGGUUUGGUCAAUUCAUACACGACUGCGGAAAGCAUUGAUGGCACUGCUACCAUCACUGUUGAACAAGACACGCGUUUUGAUAGCAUCGAAAUUGUCUUUGAAGGCACGUCACGAACAAUAGUAGAGCGUGCAUCAUGCCCUGGCCGUACAGGAUCGCAACAGGUGUUCCUCAAGUUGCGCCAACCAAUUGAUGAGACGGAAUAUCCCGCCCCUCGUGUGCUAGAGGCCGGUCGUUCAUACCAAUAUCCCUUCACCUUCGUCGUCCCAGACUACUUGCUACCACAGGUCUGCACGCACGCCAAGAACAAUGCCCACAUUGAACGAUCCCACACCCUGCUCCCACCGACCUUGGGAGAUCCCAUGCUCGCCAGCAAUGGCAAGACACUACUGGAUGACAUGGCACCAGACAUGGCACAGAUUGCUUACAUCAUUCGCGUAUCCGUGCUGAAGAAGCAACAGAAUGGAAACGCACUCAAGUCUCUCGGCGCCGUGGCCAAGAAGAUCCGUGUCAUCCCAACUGUCGACGAGGAGCCUCCCGUAGAGAUUCCCCCAAACUCCUCCCUAUGCACGCGCAAAGAGAAGAGCGUGAAGCGGGGGACCCUGCGGGGCAAGCUUGGCCGGCUUGUCGCUGCGUCAUCUCAGCCCAAGCCUAUCCAAUUGCUUCCUCCAAGCUGCGAGCCGAAGGAUACUGUCAGCACCGUGGCCACCGUGAACCUGCGCUUCGAUCCUAUUGCAGAUGAGAAGCCACCCCGCCUGGGUUCGAUGACAAGCAAACUCCGCGCAAACACCUUUUUCAGCUCUUCCCCAUGGGAAGAUUUCCCCAGCUCGACUGGCAUGCCCUUUGCUCAAAUCGGCCGCGGUCUCUACACCGAGAACGUGCAUCUCUCCACCAUGUGCGUGGCAUCAGCACAGUGGACCAAACAAUCAACAAACGAUUCCCUCCGCCGUGACUCCACAGACUCAUCCUCUUCAGCAGGCUCAGUCGAUUCAACCGGCCCAUCCUCUGAAUUCGCCGGAAACACCUAUUACACUGCAUCAGUCGUCAUCCCAAUCACCCUCCCCAAAUCCAAAGCUUUCGUCCCAACCUUCCACACUUGUCUAAUGUCCCGCACCUACGCCCUGGACCUCUCACUAUCCUAUCACACUCCCGCGGCAAACGUCAUCACACCCACCAUCUCCCUGAGCAUCCCUGUCCAAUUCACCAGCCAAACAAAAUAUGCCGAGUCUUUCAAAUCUUCUCUCGGUGUGACUGUCACACAGGAAGAGCUGGAUGAAUUCUUCCACCCUCGCAACGUCACCUCUCCUGUCAACUUCACUGAUAGCCCUGCCAGAGAUGUCGUUGUUGAUGUGGAUCUCGCCCCACCCGAGUAUUCGGAGAGAAUUGGUGCUCGGGCGUCGCGGACUGUGCGAGCUGCUAAUUAA